CAGUACCACAGUCAGGGGUAUCUGGUCAUUGGUACAAACAUUAAUGACCCUGAUCGUGAACACAAUGACGCACUCUCACAUUAUAUUUUCAAAAUGACACCAAUGACACUUCUCGAGCGGUCCGAACGUUCGAACGGCAAGAAGAUCGCUCAUCAACAAACCCACAACAGGAUCUCCCUCUUCGGUACAGCACACCCAAGUCAAAGAUAAUCAUCGCAUUACAACACCAUGGUCCGUCCUUCUUUCUUUUCGGGUGGAGGCAAUGCUCCUGUCAGUACUAGUAGUAGUAGCAAAGGACACGCGAGAGAUUUUCCAGGCAAGCUCUGUUGUCGCAAGAUUUCCGCUGUCAUUAACAGUCCAACGUUGUCUCGAAAGAACCGAUGGCUGCUUUUGGUGGUGUCCGUAUUGGCGCUCAUGGGAGUGGCAGUCAUGAUUUCCUCCAACUCCAACAACAAUAAGACUACCAAGAGUUCCACAUCCACUAUCAGGGACAAUUCACAAGUCAAAAUGAAACAGAAAUCAUCAACAACAUCUACUUCAACUGAAACAGCCAAAGGCAAGACAAGUACAAGUACAACUACUGGUCAAGAAAAGUCAGGAACUUCCAUUUCAGCCAAUCAAAAGCAAAAGCAACCACAACCAACUGAUACCCCUAAAAAGAGCGCUUCAUCUACAUCUACAAGUUCUAGUUCUGAUGGCAAUGCAGGUACCCCUAAAGCGAGCACUUCGUCAUCUACCAAAGCAACCUCUACCAAGUCUACCUCUACAAGUACAUCCACAUCAACAACUACAAGUAGUGCUAGUAGUGGCAAUAACAAUAUUAUUGCCAUUGAUAUGGAGUCUACCCAUGCCAAGGAUAUUGCGUCCAUUCUCCACGAUCCCAAUACUUCCCAAAUCUCCGUCACGCUCACAUCCACAGCCGCCUGCAAACGACCUUAUUUCAUGGCACGACUUUCGGGACCCGCGCUCAUUCGAUUGCCACAAUUUUCACUCCAACAAUUUACCAAUACAUGGACGUCUACCUAUCAGGUUCCCAAUGCGGCCACUUAUUUUCUAGAAAUACUACUCGUUCAUUGUACCAAUCCGUACUAUCAAUUGCAUCAACACGAAAAUCCCAUUCACAAGGAACAACUCCAUCAAGAUUGGCUUUCGACCAAACCCGAUCUGGAAGAUUAUCUCAAACGGGAUAAAACGGCCAAACUCUGUGUGACAACACCGCUCCAAUACAAUCGCAUUACGCAAAAGGGUGUUUCCAUUGCCAUUUCCAAAUUUUCCACGGCACCCAUUGCCAUUCCCAGUAGUAUUCACCCCCCCGCUCCAUGGAUGGGAUUCUGGUAUUCUCAAAAUGAUCAAUACAAUAAUGCGGUGUAUACACGACAACAAGCAUCGGACACGGGACAGUGUCCGGACGAUGAUUGUUCCGUCGAACGAUUUACACCCUACAUCUUUCAAUGGAAUACCGACAAACCUCUGUCGCUUGACACAUUAAAACAAGACCACGCCGAUAUCAUUUGUAUUUUGGGAGAUAGUCAUGCGAGAGCACUCGAAUCGACGGCACGAUCGUUGGGAUUUACGAUUGAAGAUACCAAUGUCAUGGUCCGCAAUGCAUGGAUUACGUUCCCGGAAGAAGUUACCAAGACGUAUGUCAGCGAUCUCGUGGACAAUUUCAAAUGCACUCAUAUUGUCGUGGCGGUUGGAUUGGGACCGGCGCAUUCGCUGCCACCUACUUCUACCAAGACAACCACAACCAAAUUCAAUGACAAUCGUCCGUAUCCACUGCAUGUGUAUUAUCGACAAGUCAAGGAAUUGUUGCAAACACUGGUGCAUCACCCAAAAGUUCGCGACGAUGACAUUGGCGUCUAUAUCAAAACGGUCGAUUCCCAACCCCUGCGGGCAUCCACCACGGCGUGUCCACUCUUGAAUACAGAUUGGGGCACGCCGACCGUGCUCGAUGCCUACAAUACCAUUUUACGACGACUCUCCAACGAACUUGAUGUCCCAUUGGUCGAUACCGAAACCGUCAUUGCCAGUCAUGUUUGGGAUGCUGCCGAUGAUUGGUAUCAUGUAAAUGCCGCCACCAAUGAAGCCAUGACGUUGUUUUUGAUUGCCAUGGUCUUGCGGCCGCAUGUGUGAUUAUUGAGAAAACUGCGAACUGAAUCUGAACAACUGAAGGAUGAAAACUGAAACUUGAAUGAAGGAAUCGAAUCAGUCAACAACAACAACCAAGCAACGCAAGAUGCUGGUGGUACGCAAUAUCCAUAAUCAGUUUUGAUAACCGGAACAAUGGCGAUCAAAUCAGGCAGUUAGUUUUCUGGUACGAACGAACGAACCAGGGAAUCGAAUCAUCGUUCAACGCCGGGAAAAAGACGUGUCGGACCACCACCCUGUUUGUGUGCCCAGAAAUCCCAAGGAUGGACUGACUUGACUCCCCACAGCAUCUAUUCUAUUUAUUCCAUUCCAGCAAGCCGACUCUCCAUUAGCUUACGUUGGGCAAUAAAUAA